AUGUAUCACAGACACGAGAAGAAGAAAAAUCAUGAUCCUAGUGAAGUGUUGAUAAGCUGCACCCUUCCAACCUACGAUUAUGUAGUUGUUGGCUCUGGACCGGGAGGCGGCCCUGUUGCUGCUAGAUUGGCUCUCGCUGGAUACAAGGUUCUACUGAUGGAUGCCGGUGACGAUGAAGGCGACAUGCUCGUUCAAGAAAUCCCCAUACUCAGUCUUGAGUCUACGGAGGCUCCGUCUCAGGAGUGGGAUUACUUUGUACAGCAUUACGACAAUCAGACACUUCAAGAAACAGACUCCAAAUUUACCUGGGAACUUCCCGAUGGAUCCAGAUUUGUGGGCAGUAACCCACCAGCUGGAGCAAAACCGCUCGGAAUAUGGUACCCACGUGCUGGAACCCUUGGCGGCUGUGCAGGGCAUAAUGUCAUGGUAUCAAUUACACCUCAAGACAGUGAUUGGGAGACUGUUGCAUCGAUAACGGGUGACAACUCGUGGAAUCCUGAUUCGAUGAGACAAUAUUGGGAACGUGUGGAAGAUAACCUUUAUCUCCCAAACGGUACUUCUGGACAUGGAUUUAACGGCUGGCUCGAAACAAGUCUUACGCAAGUGGAUCUCUGGCUUGGAGAUGACAGGAUUAUGAAUGUUGUCCGAGCAGCUGCUACAGUUGUUGGCAAUGGAAUAAGCAGCAUGUCUACCGCUUACCAACAAUGGUUGACUGGCGAUAUCAACAGCGAUUCUUCCACUCGAGACUUCACUGAAGGCUUAUUCCAAGUUCCAGAGGCUGUCAAACAGCCCAGUUGGGAUCGAGCUGGGCCACGAGAUUUUAUUCUCCAGGUUGCAAAUGCUGUUAACUCGGAUGGAUCUAGAAAAUAUCAUCUUGAUGUUCGCCUAGAGUCUUUGGUAACCAAAAUCCGUUUCGACCAGAGCGGGCCUGUACCUAAAGCUGUAGGAGUCGACUUCCUAGCUGGUCAAAGUCUAUACAGCGCUGAUCCACGGUUUUCUGCUGCUAAAGCUCCAACCGGGAAGGGAAGCGUCAAUGUCACUCGUGAAGUGAUUAUCUCUACCGGCACCUUCAACACACCUCAGCUUCUCAAACUUAGUGGGGUUGGACCUGCUGCAGAGUUGGAAUCAUUUGAUAUCCCAGUUAUUGUCGACCUACCAGGCGUGGGAACUGGUAUGAGCGACCGUUAUGAGGUAACAGUUGUACAAGAAUCGACGCAGAAUUUUACACUCUUUAACGGUUGUACUUUACUCCAAACUCCGGAUGACCCAUGCCUUCUUCAGUGGGAAAACAACCAUACUUCUCCAGGCAUUUAUUCAAGCAAUGGAAUUUUUCUCGGAAUUCCUAUGAAAUCAUCAGUUGCAUCCCCGAAUGCAGCUGAUCUUCUGAUGGCUGGAAUCCCUGGAAAUUUCCGUGGUUAUUUCCCUGGGUAUUCCGAGAUAGCGUUUGCAGAUGCACAGCAUGUCGCGUUCAUUGUUCUCAAAGCUCACAAUAGAAACCAUGCUGGCACCGUCACGCUGCUUUCCAAUAAUCCUCAGGAUACCCCUAACAUCCAUUUCCGUUCUUUCCAGAAUGGGGGUGAUGAGGAUGUUCAGGCUGUAUAUGAGGGAGUAAAAUUUCUUCGCGAAUUAUAUGGGAACCUCAGUUUAGUAGAUGACACCUGGACCGAGGUCACUCCUGGACCAGAUGUACAAACUGAGGAAGAGAUCAAGGAUUUUAUUAGACGGGAGGCGUGGGGCCACCAUACGUGCUGUAGCGCGAGAAUCGGCGCCGAUGAUGACUCUACAGCUGUCUUGGAUAGCAAGUUCAGAGUUAGAGGAACAACAGGUCUACGUGUUGUAGAUGCAAGUGUCUUCCCAGAGAUCCCGGGAUAUUUUAUCGUUUCCGCGAUCUAUAUGAUUAGUGAGAAGGCGGCCGAUGUUAUCAUUGCCGAUGCGAAGGCUUCGCCGUAA